AUGUCUGAAAAUGAAUUUCCGAGCACCUCGCCGCCAUGGCUAGUCCUCAGCCUCGUGGCUUACCGUCUCGACCCAAAAACCUUAACCGUCGCAUCCUGCGUUUGCAAGUCAUGGUCCGUCUGUAUGUCUUCCGACCAAAUUUGGCAGCCCAUUUGCGCCGCACUUUACCCUUCCCUCUCAAACCUCCACCGCUCCUCCGCCUCCUCCGCCAGCUCCGCCGCCACCACCGCCUCCGUGUCGUACCGUCGUUUGUUUACCUUGGGUUACACAGCUGAAAUGAGAAGGCUCCAAAAGCCGUUGAAACCACAGCUUUCCCUUGACGACAUCGUAUUCGCCGUCGACAUUUACAACAACUACUCCUGCAUCAACACCACGAUUAAGCCCGGCAACGAACUCGUCCUCGAUGACUAUUUCUCGUUCCGGUUCAGCCUUGAUUACGGUGGUAACCCGAACCCGGUUGUGGUUAAAGAGCUGGAUGACUUGAGGAUCACUUGGAACGUUGUGUUGAAAGGGUUUAGGAGCGUUUUCACUAUGAUGGAUUGUCAGGGUAAAGGGAGCGUGGUGUUGGGUCUGGAAGGUUGGUUUUCCAAAGAGCUUCCGCCGUCUGGGUGCUGCGCUGGCGUCGGCUCUGCCAGUGGGCUGGCGGCGGAUUUGAGGUUGGGGUUGAAAAAAGAAAAUGGUGGUGGAGUAAUUCUAGAGAAGAUGAGUGUGGGAGUGAUGAAUAUCAUGAGCUGGAGAUAUGCUUGUAUCGAUGAUACUCUUAGCUCUGGGGAUCCGGUGGACCCGACGACAAAAGCUUGGAGAAACAAACCGGAUCCCGGCCAGUGUUCUUCUGAUGAUGAGUCAUAUUUCACGCCGGCGGCGACUUAUGGUCGCCACCUCACUAGUGGAGGGAUACUCUUGAAUCCUGAAUGCAUCCAUCCUCUCCCUAUUUGUAAUCGCCGCCCUAGCGUCCAUAAUUAUUAUAGAGAAAAGUAUGUGGACGACCAGGGACCACCAGUUUUGGGUAUAGUUUCUGAAAAACGAGGAUCAGCUUUUAUCGAGAACCUUCAUGAGUUUGGUCUUCCUAAUCCCUCCAUUGCUGCUAUUACUGGAGGAGAAGAGACAUUUGGCAGAACUGCAUUAUAG